CCGAACGUAAACAUUUUCAUAACGAAGACUUGGUUACCGAAAACUUGAUAAUUAAUGUUGUUUUUGAUACUAUUAUUCGGAAGUCAUGAUGUGCUAUGAUUUAUUUUGGUUAUAGCAUUUAUUAACAAUUAGUCAUUGCAUAAGUACAAGCAGUAUCUUGAUCAUUUGGACUUAGAUAAACGCAAUUAGGCCUAUGCUAGUGACUGGCUAGGCUAAGCCCGUUGUUGACUGUGGUUCCCUGGCUCCCCGGGCGGUCGCCUGGCCUGCAAACACCUAGGCUGUCCACACUGAGUUGUAGCUGAACAGUUGUGAAUGACAAACUAAAGGCCAAUCUGAAUUUUGAGACAAUGCAUGCAUAUUUUAUCGGGCUACCUGUGUACCAACAAAGUUGAUAUCUCAAAACAGUGCCUAGAUAAAAAUGUUUUUAUAGUUGAUGAAAGACAGGAUAAUAUAUCAGAAUGUCUGUGGCCAAAGCAAGAGGAAUUCAAAUCACAGAGUUCUCGGAUAAUAUAAUAAAUCCAGAUCCAAUUCAAGUCGAAGAAACAGAUAUUCUUCUUGAAGAUUAUUUGUCACCAACAAAACUGAAAGCAUUAACUGGGGUUGAUGACUUGGAAGACAUCAAGGUACUGGAAAUGAGGGUAGACACCUCGGAAACAAGUCUUGGUAAUUUUGGGAGCAUGGUGCCAAACUUGAAGCAUCUAAAGUUGAAUAACAGUAUGAUAGCAUCCGUUCGUGACCUUGGGACGUCGCUGGAGAACCUACAAGUGCUUUGGAUGGCCAGGUGCUGUUUGCAAGACCUAGAUGGGAUCAGUUCAAUGGCAUGCUUGCAGGAACUUUAUUUAGCUUACAAUGAAAUAACAGAUAUUAGUCCAUGCAGUAUGUUGGAAAACCUCCAGUUAUUAGAUUUAGAAGGUAAUAAUUUAGACGAUACGGUACAAGUAGAAUUUUUAGCACUAUGUUCAAAUUUGAAGACGUUGACAUUAGAAGGAAAUCCGCUUUGUAUUAAGCCAUCGCCAGACUAUAAAAAGGAAGAGAAUGAUACUCGGUAUGAUUAUCGUGCGAUGGUCAAGCGAUGUAUUCCUCACCUGGAAGUGCUGGAUGAAGAUCCACUUAGCGUAAUUCCCUCCAGUUUUUCCAGUAAUUCAAUUAGUCUUAGCACUGAUUGGUUAAUUGUUAACGAAGCAAUAAAAGAUGGAGUAGGAUCAAACGAAAGUUUAGAAAUAGAAGAUCAACGGCCUGGCACAGCUAUGCGACCGGGAUCUGCUUCUUUUCGUCGUCCAGGAUCAGCAGGAAUUCGUCCCAGAACAUCAGCUGGUCGACCAAGCUCAUCAGGUGGACAAAGACCGGGAACUUCAGCUGGUGAAAGGCCAGAAUCUGGAGGUUCUGACAUUUCUGCUCCAAACGAUGUAAGUGAUUUAACACAUGGUGAGGUUAUUUGUGGAAAUCCAGCAAGAAAGCUAAGAGGAAGAAGGAAAAAAGAGGCAUGUGAAACAAUAUCUUUACUAGUUGAAUUUCAACAUAUUCCAAAACUGUUCUCCCAUUACCAACACCAACCAGAGAAGUCCUAUGACAUAGAGGAGGAUGAGGAGAUGACUUGUGAAGAGAUUCUCAAUGAAUUAAAAGCCUGGAAGGAGCAACAUGAAAGGAAAAUUGCAGAACGCAGAAAAGCAUCAGAACCACAAGUUUUAAAGAUAACUCAUGACGAUGACGAAGGAGAUGAAAAUGAUGAUGAGGAUUUGGCAGAUUAUGGUAUUGAAAUAUCUCCACCAUCAUCUGCCAUGCAUAAUACAUCUCCAACCCCACCAAGGUCAAUUUCACCAAAGGCGCCUAUAGCACCAAGGCCGAUACUACCUAGCAGACCUAAAACAUCAGUGGGCUUCCGUUCAAGAAAGUACCGCCAUAAAUCAGAGGAUAGCAUUCCAGUUGAGAAAAUGCGAUUGAUGCGGGCGUCACAGGAGGAUGAUGCAAACGUAGAUGAAGCGCUAGGCCAGAGUAUUGGAUCCAGUACUUACGGCUCCCCAUUACCUGUUGAGAGCGUGAAUAACAGGCCAUUUUCAGGCCCUGUUAUUGGAAGCCGAAAAUACAAAGCAUCACCACCGGUGGGUGUAUCACAACCUAAGAUUAUAGACAAUCAUCAGCCUGUAAUUCGUUCGUCCACUCACACACCACCAAAUUUAGCUCAACGUCUAGCAAGUCUCAACCGUCCAGCGACUGCUCGAGCAGCUCUCCAGAAACAAGUACUUCCAAGCAGAACACGCCCCUUCCCGUCCUGAAGAUAGUUUAGAAGGAAUCUCACCUUCCAUUGGACUUCCUACUAAAACCGGGCACUCAUUGCUCCCAACGGUCAUUGGCCAAAACGAGUCCGUGGAAAACGCAACAUAACAACGCGUUUUCAAUGGAUCGUUUUUAAUGAUGAUCUGUUCAGACUGCCACUAGGGAGCUUUCGAUUGCACGACGACGGUAGGACGUAGAACGCAAUGACGUCACUGAAAGUCAUCGGCGCAUGCGAGAACGUUAAGUUCUCCUUGUUGCGUGGAUCCUAGAACACAAUUUAGCCAAAUCUAUGUAUGCAGAGAACGUAGGACGCUCGCAGGGAGUGGAGUUGAAUUCACCGAACUACUCAGCGAGUGCUCGUCAUUAGUUAGGAUUUAAGUACAGUAUUGUAUUUUUAUUUUUUUGUAGGUAUUGGAGUGUUGAUUCCUCACCUUGACUUUGCAGUGUCUUUCAAGUCAUUUGACCAGUUUGAGCCAAAAUAACGGGGUUUUUUUUAAACUUGUUGAAAUUCUGGUCUCAGUAUUACUCUAACAAGAGUAUAAUUAUCCAUACUUACCAUCCGUCCACCGCUCCUCAUUUUGACUUAGCAGUGUCUUUCAAAUCACUUGACUAGUUUGAGCCAAAGUAACGUUUCUUAAAACCUGUUAAAAAUUAAUGUCUCAAUAUUAAGUGUAUAUAUCCAUCUUUACCAUCUGUCCACUGCUCUUCAUUUUGACUUUGCUGUGUCUUUCAAGUCAUUUGACCAAUUUGAGCCAAAAUAUCAUCUCUAAAGCCUUGUACACAUCAUCAAACUUUAUUUGACAAAAAACUGUCUUGUGCCCAUAUAUAGUCAUGAUGUGCCUAUCUAUGGUCAUAUGAUGUGAUGUCAUCAUGACCAUAUUUAGGCAUGUCACAUUUGAUAGUUUGGACAGAGCUUUAAAUCUUGCUUGAAGUUAAGGUCUCAGUAUCACUCUAAAAAGUGUAUAUAUCCGUCCUCGCCAUCCGUCCACUGCUCCGUCCAAUCUCAAAAAUGCAAAAUUAUACUCAUGGUCAAAUGUACUUUUAAUUGCCAAUAAAAUGUGCUUGCCUUUAACAUUCAUGGAUUAAGGCCAGGCAUUCACAAAAUCAGGAAGCAAAGCUAUGUUGAACAUCAUCUUUGAUACAUCAGUGGAUUGGAUGAACAAGUAGAUAAAGACAUUUGAUUGUAGAAUUAUUGAUAACAUGUGACUAUAAUGUCAAGGCCUGACCAUCAUAAUCCUUGUCCCAUUUGUUUGAGAAGAAGUAUGUCAAGGAGGCAGUUAAUCUACAGACUUCAAAAAACUAUUGCCUUAAAAAAACUUGUGGAUUGGUUUACAUUUUGAGUAAAGUGAAGUCCUCGUAUGAACUCCAAGGUGCAUCGUAUAAGUUGCAGAUAACCUAAGCGACCAUUCAGUUUGUAAGCUAACAGAUAUUUCAACUGGCGAAAGCUAUAUUUCAUUAAUUGUUUUUGAAGUUACAGUGCUACAAAUCUAUUCUGUCUCUUUAUGAUUUUUACUGGCAUGCUGAGGACGAUUUUAGUAACUUAUAACAAAUGCUCAGACAUACUGAUUUGAUUUGAUGCUGAGCCAAAUUGAGCUAACGCGUAAAUUCAACCCACCCUGCCAAAAUGCAUUUGUUAAUACAGACACAUUGAAUACCGCAAGGUGACAUUAAAUGUUGUCAAUAUGAAGUGAAAGAAUUUAACAAAACGAGAUCAUUUGGUUUAAAGAGAAAAUAGAUUAUUACUCAGUAGUGUUGUCUCCAGGCAACGAGUUGAUCAAAUUGAUUGUGUAGAUUUGUUGAUAAAAUAUUCCCUCUAUGACGUGAUUCUGAAUGUAACAUUAAUUUUUAAUAAGUGCCGUACUAUAUCUGCAUGUAUUUGUUGUAAAUUCAAAAUUCAACUUGUUUGGGGCUUACUUUUUUGCAUUUUUCAACAGUAAGCUGCAAAUUAGCGCAAGGCUAGGUCCAGGUCUUAUGUUCAGGCCAAGGUUAGCCGUUUAGAGCACCUUCUGACCAAAAAUUAUUAAACAUAUUCUGCAAGAUAAAUAGCAAAAACUUGUUGAGGUAAUCAUGACGAUGUAUAUAUAUAUUUCAUGUUCUAGUGAAAUUGAUUUGUAAAAUAGUAGAUCUGUGCCUGCAAAAUGCUAAUAUUAUUAUCCGAUGCAUUUCAUUUUUGUAUAGUCGUUUUGUUUCUUUUUUUUUACAAUGAAACAAAACUGAGUAUAACAACAUUUUUUCGUAAGAUUAAUGUGAUUUUUUUAAAAACAUUUUAAAGCAAAUUUAUUUUCCUGUUCAGGACCAAACAUUAAUACUGUACAACUUUGUCAGUAUUUACGGAUAACAUGUGCUUUCAUAUCUCAAUUUUGAUAUUUGUUUACCUAAUAUUUGAUAUGAUUUUUAGUGUUAAAAGUCAAUUUCCCUCCAAAUUUGGCAAAGUUAUUAUUUGUAGAAAAAAUGGCAUAAACAUACAUUACAUUUGUUUUUUUCUCUAUUAAUAAGAUAUAAUAUCUAAUUGUUUAAAAAAAAAAAAGUAAUUGACUAAAUUUAGAUAGCCCAAGCCAGGUUUUGUAGUGUGAUUGCUAAAUGUAAUCGAAGGUUUCCAUGACCGGUGAGGCUAAAAAUCUCUUGUAAAUUUACCUGUAAUUACAAUAAUCUCUAUUUUCUUUGUUUCUUUAUUUGUUAAUUUGUAUUAACUGAUGUGUUUUUAUUUGUAGUAAUGAAAUUAUUUAUAAUACAUUAUAUUAAACCAUCCAUGUAUCUUA